CUCUGGUUUUCUGACCCUCUGGUUUUCUGACCCUCUGGUUGAAAUACCUACUUGUACCCCCCCUUUCCCUGCCCCCUCCACGUCGCUCCCCUUUCCUCGAGAGCUCGCUCCCAGCCCAGCCCAGCUUCUUCGAUAGCUCCAGCUCCAGCCCUAGACCUAGCCACGUUAGGCGUGUCCCCCAGCAACCCGUCCUCUAGGUCCGCCAGGUCACGGGCCGGCCCCUGAAGCUUUCCCCGUUGUACUCACCGCACCUUCGUGCCCAGGCGGUGCGCGACUUGCACCCAUUCGUCUCGAAGGCCAGCCACCCCAGCAAGGAGUCGUCGGCAAAGCUGCCACCGCCCGUCACGCCCCUCUUCGGCCCCACAGCUGAUUCGCCCCGACCAGGGUGCCAACUCACCGACGGGCGCCAGGGUUAUCCAGCUUGAGACAAUAUAAUGUCAGCCAUCUACGCCCCUCACGUUGUUGGGCCCGUCAGCUACGACGGAGCACCCAUACACAAGACACAGUCGUCCACCAACGAAGCCAACCGCAUCAUGAACUGGAACUACGGCGUCGCCAGCUCGGCCCAGCCGUCCGAGCCGUCGCACCCUGCCCGCAGCGCCGCCCCGAGAAGCCACUAUGCCUCGCCGCACUCGCACUUCGCCGGCUCGACCGUCCCGGUUCCGGACCAGGGCCCCUACAUCCUGCGCCGUAGCGUCACCACUUCCACUAUCAUCGACCCGCCCUACCCGCCCGGAUCGCCGCGCCAAGGCUCCCAGGGCGGCAUGACCACCGGCAUGGCCGGCCUCCUGGGCGCUGCCGUUGGCGCGGUUGGCGCCGCUGCCGUCACUUACGGCAUGCUAACCCGCGAACGCCCCCCGCCGCCCACCCAGGAUAUCGAUGUUCCCGCCUUCCAGCGCCGAAGCACAUACCCAGAUCCCUUCCCGGACCACCGCCGCGGCCGCUUCGUUGAGCUCGAGCGCACCGUCGAGAAGCUCGAGUACCCCCAGCAGUACCCCCAGCUGGACAGCGGUCCCGGAGCCGCACCCGCCUACAUGGCUCGAUACAGCCAAGGUCCAGGCCACGACGACGCGAGGAGCCGCGUCUCGACUCGCUACCAGCUGGCAGCUCCUCCUCCCAGCCUGCGCACCCCCACAGAGGUCUCUGCCGCCCGCGGUCCCCAGCUCCUCCUCACCGAGGCGGAGCACCGUAGUCACGUUGGAUCGAGGUACGGCGGCGAGGCAGACGCUCGGAGCUACGCUCCUUCAAGGCACCCGAUGGAGGCCGACGCUCGCAGCUACGCUCCGUCUAGACGUGCCGUCGAAGCUGAUGCUCGGAGUCACGCCCCAUCAAGGUAUGCUGCUGAGGCUGAUACGCGCAGUCGUGCCCCGACGAGGUAUGCUGCCGAGGCCGAGCCUCGCAACUACGCCCCGACAAGGCCCCAGCAUGAGAUCGACGGGAGAUCUAGGUUUCCCGCCUCUAUUCCGAUCCCCGCUUCGGUCGUUGGCGGCAGCACAUAUGACGCCCCGAACGACGCGGCCACCUACGUGUCGACUCGCAGCCACAGGACGGCGAAGCCGAUGCCCGAGAGCGCGUCUUACCAGGUGGCUGGUGGGGCCAGGGCGCCACGGACCUCGAGCCGAGUUGCGGCUGGCGCCAUGAGAGACCCGGCCGAGCCGAGGACUUUUAGCCGCAGCCAGAUGCCCUCGCGUGGCCAUGCGCCCAGCAAUGCGGGCACCCGCGUGUCGGCGAGACAGGUCGAGCUGCCCAAGAGCCGGAAUGGGUGGGACGCCGACGACGACACGGACAGCAUAUCGCCCGACGAUAGCAUCAGCUGCGUCGGCAGCAACUCCCGCAGCAAGUCCCGGGGUUACCGCUAGUUGUGGUCCGGAGCGGCUGCCCCCACGAUCUGACGACGCUACUGUGUGUUAAUGAUGGUUGUUUUUGUCUUUAUCGCUUCUCUUCUCUUGUCUGUCGUUCACCUUUCCACGAGACAUUUUGUUUCCAUCUCUUAUAACCCAUGUGUCUUUUACAUGUUAUUUUGCGUAUUUUAAGUUUGCAUCUCUUUUUGCGCAGCUGACAUUUCUAUGUUCGAAUUUGGGACGUGCGUUACCCUCAUCUGAAGGGGCAAUUAUUCACGGGGGCCGUCUGAUUGAUUGUAUUUUGGAGUUUAUGGGCCUUUAACAAUAAGGUGCAUGCAUGGGAAGGGCAGCAAUUUUCUGCAGCAUGAUGGAGAGAGAGAGCCCCCUUUUUGGUAGACGAGGGGUUGGUCGUGAGACAGGCACACGGUAUAGAAUAGUAUUAACAGAAGAACCCACCGAACCUAGACGAGCGCGAACAGAGCGUCGUCUAGGGGUGGCUGGCAGGGAAUAUAUUCCUUUCUCCCUAAUUCAUGUGGGACACGUCGCAUAUAAUGUUCAGUGGGGUACAUAUGAGAUUCGAC